AUGGAUUCUCAGUGGCAGCCAUAUCAGGAUCCCUUGAUGGGUGGCCGUCCCGCGCAGUACAACAAUGGGUUGACCUCGACUCCCUCCAAAUAUGUCUCCCAGCCGGCCUCGUCCCAGCCACCCAUGGGAUACCAGUACGAGUCCUUUCAAACUCCUGCCGGCAUCCCUACUCGUGCCCCCUCGAUGAAUUCCAGCUCUAAACCCAUGUCCAUUGCUUCGUCGCCCACUGUCCCCCCACGGAAUCGGGAUUUCGUCCUUGACGCGGAUACUAUGAUGGACGAUAGCGACCCCUACAACCGGGCCAAAUACUCGGUCAGAACGAGCCAUUACGCUCGACCAUCCUCUCAAUAUUUCCCUACAGAGGAGUCCACUGCCGCUCGCAGAUAUUCUCCGAAGAACGCGCUCUCUCCAUCGGCCCCGUACAAUGCCAGCCCGGGCAAGUCUCACAAUCCAUAUGCUCUGCCGCCCGGUCCAAACAACAAUCUUCGACGCUCACCAACAAAGUCGUCGAAUUACACCUCGCCACCCCAGGCGUAUCAGUCGCCUCCAUCUUCGUCUCGUCCUCCGCGUCUUCCUCCGUUGCAGUCGACAUCGACCGAAAUGACUCCCCCAGAACAAUAUUACCCAUCGUCGGCUACGUCGCAAUUGAGCGCUCCGUUUGGGUAUGAUGGACGGUCACCGCGGUCUGCCUCCAUUUCUGGUGGAAGUCAACAGCCCACUCCUGGUAGGGGUCCAGUGCCCAAAUUCCAGAAAAUAAAGUCGCUCCAGGAGCUGCAACCACGGGCCAAUGCACAACCUGCCUACAGACGUGCGAAUCCAGAGGGUGGUUUCAUCAGUCCGCUGCACGCGUUGACGACCCAUCUUCCUUCCUCUUACCGGAUAUGCAACCCGAACUUCAACUACGAGUCAUCUAGGAACCCGCGACGAGUCUUGACGAAGCCAAGCAAGGGCGUCAAGAACGAUGGUUACGAUAACGAAGACAGCGAUUACAUUUUAUAUGUCAAUGAUAUCCUGGGUAGUGAAGAUGCAGGUCACAAGAACCGAUACCUCAUCCUGGAUGUACUAGGACAAGGAACGUUUGGACAAGUCGUCAAGUGCCAGAACCUGAAAACGCAGGAGGUUGUUGCCGUCAAGGUCAUUAAGAACAAGACCGCAUACUUCAAUCAAAGUAUGAUGGAAGUGUCUGUCCUUGACUUGCUUAAUAGCAAGUACGACAAGAACGACGAUCAUCAUUUGCUGCGAUUGAAAGAUACUUUUAUCCACAAACAGCAUCUCUGCUUGGCCUUCGAGUUGCUUAGUGUCAACCUUUACGAAUUGAUCAAGCAGAAUCAAUUCCGAGGACUGAGUACGACAUUAGUGCGUGUCUUUGCGCAACAGCUUCUCAAUGCCCUGAGCCUUCUGAACAAGGCGCAUCUGAUUCACUGCGAUCUUAAACCUGAGAAUAUAUUGCUGAAGAAGUUAGUUCCGCCUAUCGCGACAGUUGGAGAUCCCACAGCAGCUAACCCAACUCCGCGCAGCCUGGAGAGCCCGAUCAUCAAGGUUAUCGACUUUGGGUCUGCAUGCGACGAGCGUCAGACAGUCUACACCUAUAUCCAGUCGAGAUUUUACCGUUCUCCUGAGGUUUUGCUCGGAUUGCCAUACUCUUCUGCAAUUGAUAUGUGGUCGCUCGGAUGUAUUGUAGUUGAACUUUUCCUUGGCCUCCCGCUGUUCCCUGGUUCUUCGGAGUACAAUCAGGUGUGCCGGAUUGUCGAGAUGCUCGGGUUGCCCCCGACGUGGAUGCUCGAAAUGGGCAAGCAAUCGGGCCAAUUCUUUGAGAAGACGCAAGACGAGUUUGGAAGGAAAUCCUACCGCCUCAAGAGCUUGGAACAGUAUUCUCGCGAACACAACACCAAGGAGCAGCCUAGCAAGAAAUACUUCCAGGCGUCGACGUUGGAGGAGAUUAUUCGGAGCUACCCCAUGCCGCGGAAGAAUAUGAAGCAAGCAGAAGUCGAGAGAGAAUUGAACAACCGAGUGGCGUUUAUCGACUUCGUCCGCGGUUUGCUGUCUAUCAACCCGCUAGAACGUUGGUCGCCGCAACAAGCCAAGCUGCAUCCGUUCAUCACACAGCAAAAGUUCACCGGACCGUUUGUACCGCCGAUGAAUCUGAAGUACGCCUCGCUCAACAAGACCGUCCCUCCUGGAAUCCAGCAGCAACAGCAGGCCGAAGCCGCGAGCAAGCAGAGAGCAGCACAAGCGGCACACGCACACACUGCAGCCCAGAAUGCCUACUCGAUGCAGAUGAACCAGUUCCAUCCUUCUCAGUCGCAGCCACCUCCGAUGUACAACGGAAUGUUUACUGGCCAGCAAGGGGCACCACCUCCGUAUCCCACGCAGCCGCCGGGCUACAAUCAGAUGCAUCUUAUGCCGGGACAGGUGCCUCAGGCACAAUAUGCGCCAUCGCAAAGCUUGUAUGCCCAGGCGACCACUAGAGCUGGUCGCCAGCGUGCAUCCACCAUGGACCCACAAGGGAUUCCACCAACGAUCCAGCGUGUUGCCAGCCACCUCGACCCGAAUGCGCCUAUCCGGUUACAACCCAGUCCGGCAUACUACCCGCCGCCGCCUGAUGGUUACAUUGACUCGAAUUCGGCGAACCAGAGGCGACGGGGAAGUCGCGCUGGGACUACGCGGAACCGUGAUUUCAUUCGUACUCUUGAGGAUGGUGUCCUGGGAGGCGAAGGGCUCACAAGCCAGAAUCAAUGGCAUUGA